AUGCGUUUCUCUACCGGUCUGCUCCUGGCUGCGGCCUCGAGCGUCAUGGGUCAGCGGUUCACCAACUCCAGUAUCCCUGCUACUGAGUCCGCUACCACCACCUCAGACGUUGCUCCCACCGGCUCUGCUGAGGCUGCUCAGCCUGUCGAUCUCAGCGGUGCUAAUCUGGGACCCGGUGCCUCGUUCGUCACUCGCCCUGAUGGAAGCAUCGCUAUUGCCCUGGUCGCUGGACCCAAUGGCGUUGCUUCCUUCUCCAUUGGUAUUCCCGAUGAUGUUUUCUCCAGCUUCCCCGCUGGAAACUUGUUCAUUAUCCUCUGGGAGAUCCUUGUUGAGCUCAUUGAGACACAGAAGCGUGCUGAGACCGACUGCACUCUUGAUGUCACUGUUGACGGUGAGAGCGUCUUCUCCGAGGGUCUCUCCACCGGCUCUGGCUCCAAGAGCUCUGACAGCACUUCUUCCUCUGGUAGCUCCCCCAACGUCGAGUUUGUUCAGUCUUGUGGUGCCACCUCCUCUCGUCUCGAAGUCUCUGAUCUUGCUGUCGGUCCCCCUGGUUCCAGCAACCCUGGUGGCGGCAACGGUGGCGGCAACGGUGGUUCUACUGACACCACUGGCACUGCUGAGCCUACCAACACCAACUCCGAGGGCGCUACUACCAACUCCGAGGGUCAGACCAUCGAGCCUACUGGCACUGAGACUGCUACCAACUCUGAGGGUGCCACCACCAACUCCGAGGGCGAGACUGUCUUCCCUACUGGCACUGAGACUGCUACCAACUCUGAGGGUGCCACUACCAACUCCGAGGGCGAGACCAUCCAGCCUACCGGUACUGAGACCACUGCUCCCACUUCUUCUGCUUCUUCUGCUCCUGGCUUCCCCGGCUCCAUCGGCGACUUUGCUUUCUUCGGCUGUGUCGGUUCCACCGAUGGCUUCCCUACCUUCGAGCUUCUCCAGACUUCUGGCUCUAUGGACCUCAACCUCUGCGCCAGCCUCGCUGAGGGCCGUGCUUACUUCGGUGUCCACGAUGAGGAGUGUUAUGCCGGUGACGAGAUCGACGGUGACAACACCAGCCGUGUCGACUCUGACCAGUGUGACAUCGAGUGCCCCGGUGACGACUCUGAGUUCUGUGGUGGUGAUGCUCCUCUUGCUCGCCGCAGCCGCAUCCACGCCCGCCAGGCUAUCCCCAACACCAUCCGCCUCACUGUCUACGUCGCUGUCAACGGCCCUGAUGUCACCCUCACCGAUGUCCUCACUGCUACCGUCACUGAUCAGUCUACCCUGACCACCACCUUCACCACCACCAUCUCCGAUGCCACUGCCACCCAGACCCAGACCGUCACUGCCAUCUACGUCUGCUCCAACGGCAAGUGCUACCCCGAGAACGACAGCGGCUCCAAGGUUGUCUUCAUCUUCGUUGGUUACCCCGGUGAGGACUGCGACGGCGAGCUCGUCUACAUCUCUGAGGCCUGCUCUUGCCAGGGUGGAUCUCAAUACGUCCCCAAGUACUGCUCUAACGGCAGCUGCCACGGCCUCACUGUCUACAAGCCUGAGGAGUGCAAGGACUGGUACAACCACGACAACUUCUUCGUUCCCGCCAACUGCGAUGUCUGCGAGCACGGUGAUAUCGUCUACAAGCCUUGGGAGAACUCCUGGGGUACCCCCGCUGAGUGCCACGAGGCUGAGAUCCCCAGCUGCACCAAGGAUACCUGCCCUACCAACGGCGGUGGCUCCAAGGGAGGCAAUGGCGGCAACGGCGGAAACGGUGGCAACGGCGGAAACGGUGGCAAUGGCGGCAACGGUGGAAACGGAGGUAACGGCGGCAAUGGAGGUAACGGUGGAAGCGGAGGCAACGGUGGAUCCGGCUCCAACGGUGGCUCUGGUUCCUCUGGUUCCAACGGCGGCUCUGGCUCCUCUGGUUCCAACGGCGGCUCUGGCUCUGAGGGCUCUGGCUCCAAGGGCAGCUCCGGUUCCGAGGGCUCCGGCUCCAAGGGCAGCUCCGGAUCUGAGGGCUCCGGCUCCAAGGGCGAGAGCGGCUCCAGCUGCGAGGGUGACCACUGUGUCCCCGUCACUGUCAGCAGUGCUGGCAAGCAGGCCGUCAGCGCCCUUGCUCUCCUCGCUGCUGUUGCCGCUCUUCUCUAA